AUGGAAAGAAAGUCUUCAGACGGCCAGAGUUGGAGCGAGCUACGGGCAGGUCUUGUGCUUGAUCGCUGGCUUGUAACCUUCCCAACCCCCAUUCCAAUUCAGCACUUUGAGAAGAGGCUCUUUCGCUCAAUGGGGGCAGAUUUCAGGCCUCACGUGGACGAGGGGGUCACAUUCGACUUAGGCUGCCUCUUGGUUUUACUCCAAGCACAGAAGGAGCUGCUGGAUUGCAGUGGCACUGGGAUAAGCAUUCUUGAAAUGAGCCACAGAUCGUCUGAUUUUUCCAAGAUUAUAAACACUACUGAAAACCUUCUCCGUGAACUUCUGAAUGUCCCUGAAAACUAUAAGAUACUGUUCCUGCAAGGCGGAGGCUCGGGACAGUUCAGCGGGGUUCCUCUGAAUCUAAUUGGUCUGAAGGAGGACAGGUGUGCUGAUUAUCUGGUCACAGGGACGUGGUCUGCAAAGGCAGCCAAAGAGGCAGAGAAGUAUGGAAAAGUGAACGUGAUUCAUCCAAAACUGGAUAGCUACACCAGUAAGUAA